AUGUCUUCUUGGACUAGGGUUGGGCUUCUAGGAGAGGGAAGUUAUGGUAUUGUCUCCUUGGCGAAGUCAUCAUCUUCUUCUCCAUCUGAUUCCCUCCAACCUGAUGAUGUGAAUUCGGACCCGAAAUUGCCUCCCCUGUUCGCCGUGAAAUCGUCGGAAUUCUCCCUCUCGCAGCCAUUACAGGAGGAGAGGAUUCUGUUGAGCGAACUGCAAGAUUGUCCCAACAUUAUCCAGUGUUACGGAUCCGAGGUUACUCAAGAAGACGGCGUGAUUUUUUAUAAUGUUAUGCUUGAAUACGCCGCCGGCGGGAGUUUGUUGGAUCGGAUUUACUACUCUCCGACUCCGUUGCUUGAGGAUGAAGUAAAGAGACUCACUAGAUCGAUUCUCAAGGGGCUGAGUUAUAUUCACGAGAAAGGGUGUGCCCAUUGUGAUAUCAAGCCCAGCAAUAUCCUUUUGGUCGACGCCGGCGCCGGAUCCAAUGUCGCCAAAAUUGCUGAUUUCGGGCUAUCCAAAAGGGUUCAGAAAAGUAGCACGAAACAGAGGAGGAAUAAAUCGAAGAUUGAUUGGAAAGCCUGGAGGGGAACGGCGGUGUACAUGGCGCCGGAAUCCAUUCUUUGUGAUGAGUAUGAUUUUGGAGUUGAUAUUUGGGGGCUUGGGUGUUCUGUUUUUGAGAUGCUUACAAAAAGAGUACUCAGAAAUAUCUCCAACUCUAAAGUUAAAGAUAAAGCUGGGCUUCUAGUAAAGAUGGCAAACCAGAGAGUUGAAAUUCCUGAAGGGUUUUCUAAGGAAGCUAAAGAUUUUCUGGAGAAGUGUCUGGUUAACGAUCCAGUACAGAGAUGGACGGCUAACAUGCUGUUGAGACACCCUUUUGUUUCGGGAUUAGAAGCAGAGGAAGAAGAAAUAGGUUUGAUUAGUACUUCUGAAGUGGAGCUUCCUGAGGAAGACGAAGACCUCGAGUGGCUGAUGAAACCAAUGCUGUUAAUAAAUCCUUCUGCGGCUCUACAAAGACGGAAGAGGUUUCUAUCAGAUGACUCUGUUUCAGAAAUUUCUUCCAAAAGGCCAAAAAGAUUGGAUCUUGAUCGAGAUAUCAAGCCAUUAGGCCGGGGAGUUCUGCAGCCCUGUUGUUGA